AUGACUGCGGAACCUGCUCCUCUUAUGUCGCCUCUCCUCCUCAUGUACAACAAGCGGCUGGAAAUCAGACAUUGUGAUCAGAUUCCUCAAGACACAGAAGUCCAGGAAGCGGGGGAGAGCAGUGGGGAGGCAGAGCUGUGUUGGCUUUCUGGUGCCCCUGUUGCCAUGGCGUCCUGCUCUCGAAAUGGCAACAGGGGUGAGGGGCGGAGUCAGGACCCCUCCCAGCUGCGCCUGAAGUGUGUGCCUCACUCCCCUCACCCUUCCUAUGGCCCCGAGUACAUUAUAUACGGUACUCAGAAAGCUCUUUGUGAAGGAACAGAAGGAAGCUGUCUGCCAGAAUGGGAUGGAUUGGUAUGCUGGCAAAAAGGAACUCCAGGGAAAAUACUUGCUGUCAGUUGUCCUUCAUAUGUGUAUGACUUUAAUCACAGAGGAAUGGUCUAUAGAAGAUGCAGUGCCAAUGGAACAUGGGAUUUUGUACAAAAUUCUAAUCGUUCUUUUUCCAACUAUUCUGAAUGUAUUCGUUUUCUGGAACCUGAAAUGAGCCAUGGCAAAAGAGAAUUUUUUGAACGUCUUUAUAUUAUGUACACAGUUGGAUACUCCAUUUCAUUUUGCUCAUUAGCAGUAGCUAUCUUCAUCAUUGGAUACUUCAGGCGAUUGCACUGUACAAGAAACUACAUCCACAUGCAUCUGUUUGUUUCUUUUAUGAUGAGAGCUGCUAGUAUCUUCAUCAAGGAUAAAGUGGUUCAUACUCAUAUUGGAGUGAAGGAAUUAGAUGCAAUGCUCAUGGGUGACCUUAGGAGCAUCAUGGUUGCUCCUGUAAUGGAUAAAUCACAAUAUGUUGGAUGCAAAAUUGCUGUUGUGCUGUUUAUUUACUUCUUGGCCACCAAUUACUAUUGGAUACUGGUUGAAGGACUCUAUCUGCACAGCUUGAUAUUUGUAGCAUUCUUUUCAGACACUAAAUACUUAUGGGGCUUUACACUCAUAGGAUGGGGUUUUCCAGCUGUAUUUGUAAUAGUGUGGGCAGUGGUACGGGUGACUGUAGCAGAUGCAAGAUGUUGGGAACUGAGUGCUGGAGAAAUCAAAUGGAUCUACCAGGCACCAAUACUAGCAGCAAUUGGG